AUGAAAACAAAAAAACAUCAAACCGAUGAGAAUCAAUAUGAGGGUCUCGAGCCGGUGAGCCGAAUACCGCCGAAACCACCGGCGCCUUUAAGAGAAGGCGACGACGUCAAUCUCGACACCGAAUCGCUUCUCAAACCCGACGCAGAGACGCCGGCGUGGAGUCGAGACACCGAAAAAGAGCCGGACACGUUAUCCGGCACUUUGGACGGCGAGGAGGAGAUGGAACGAGUUGAGCUGAUGCGACGCCGUCGGCAGAGAGAUCGAUCACCGCCGAAUCGGCGCGGUCUCGACGUGACGACAAUUUGGUGUAUGUGCUCGGCGUUUUUCAUGUUCAUCGCAAUUUUGGCGCUUUUCGCGUUGGGAUAUUCAUUCCUAAUGCACAUUGGAAAAGUGCCCAACAUUUUCGCCGAUUCGAACAACGAGUGGGUUGCAUUGAUUUUUCUUUUGGCGUACACCAUGUUCCAGCUCGAUGCCAUUACCAACGACAGCGGAAUCUUCUUCAACAUCUUCAACAGCGGAAUUCUCUUCAACAUCUUCGUCAUCGUUGCCAACAACAACCACUCCAUCAACAUCCGAAUCUUCUUCAACGAGCACAUCUGA